UAAGUUGUAAGUUUUAUUUAUAAUCAUAUAUAUACUACAGACAUUACGGAAUAGAUAGGAAUUUUGUUGUUAUUUUGGAAAUGGCGGAUGCAACUUUGUCACAAAAUUCUACCGACUUCACUAAACUGAAGGUUCCAGAUUUAAAGAAGGAAUUGAAGUUGCGAGGAUUGAGUACGACUGGAAACAAGAAUGAACUCAUUGAAAGGUUACAAAAAAAUGUGAAAACCAAUGAUACUAUUGGUUCAGAAUCCGUGGACGACCUGGAGGAGGAAUUAUUGAAUGAUGAUGAUGAUGAUCAUUCAGAAGAAAACGAAUCAUCCAUUUUGGAAAAUGACUUUGAUGUAAGUCCGAAAUCUGUGAAACGAAUACUAAGUGAAUCUUCGGAAAUAGAGGGAUCCACCCCUGUUCCUGCCAAGAAAAUCGUUCUAACAAGACAUAAUAGUGUUAUUGAUCCUAUAAAAGCGACAGAAAAGCAACCGGAGCCUGAAAAAUCCCCUCCCAAGGAGGAAAAGAAGAUAAUUAAAUUAUCAAAUCUUACUGCAAAAGAUAGAUUGGAAAUGAGGGCAAAGAAAUUUGGAGUCUCCACUUUGAGUGCCGAUGCAAAGAAACUUGUCAGAGCUGAACGAUUUGGAAAAAGUGAUAAUUCUGCUACCAGUAUUACUUCAACUGCCGUGAAUACUAGUGUUGAUGUUCUGAAACAAAGAGCUCAAAGGUUUGGCAGCUCUGUGUCAACUGUGAUGUCUGGAUUAGAAAACGAAGAAAAGAUGUUGAAGAGGAAAGCCAGAUUCAGUAAUUCUGCCAAUGGAACAACGACAGCAAGCGAGAAGGGAAAGCAACGCCUAGAGAGGUUCAAACAACCAGUCAAAUGAUUUAUGUUCUAGUCUCUUGGAUUAAUUUUGUAUCGAUGUACAAAUUGAACGUUAGACUUAAGUACAGGGCAGUUGUAUUUUUUGUAUGGUGGUCUGUUAUAAUUUCUUCUCAUAAGAUUCAAUAAUUUUCAUUUUUAUAAAAAUAUUCACCAAAACUAUUAUGUAAUAUUAGUUAUUAAGCAGAAGUAUUCAAUGUUGAUUUGACGUUUAGGUUAUGCACAUCUGAGAGUUUUGUUACAAGGAAUUUCAAUACAUUGAUUCAAUAUUCGAA